AUGAAGGAUGAUAACAAAUUAGUAAAAGAUAUUUAAAAUAAAAUUCAUUAAAUUUUAAAAGGAGAAAAUACUGAAAAUGACUAUUCACAUAAAUUAAAAUGUAAGGUUCCACUUUAUUAAACUAUUGAUUGUUAAAAGCUAUGCAAUAAAUUAGCCAAAUUUAAUGAGUAAUAUCUAAUUGAUGAAUCAGAAAAAAAUCAAAUAGCUAUUAAUGAUAAGGUCUUAAAGUCAUACAAAUUUAAUUCUGUUCUAUCAAAAAGAAGACUUACAAAAAGUUUAUAAUAAAAAACUAAAUCCUAAAUUUCCAAUUAUACUCAUAGAUCAUAAGAUAAAUAAAAUAAAAUAUUUAACACUGAAUGGAUGGAAUAUCAAAAUAUAUAUGAUUUGCAUAAUCUACUAUCUCCUAAUUCUUUAGAUAUGAGUCCUGCCUACGAUGAAGUUGAAUUCAUUAAAUCAAAAAUUAAAAAACGUCAUCAACUAGAUAUCGUCAUUCCUCAUAGUAGUCGUAAUUUAAUUAAAAACAAUAAACCCAAGAAUUUUAUUGAUUUAGAUUAAAUUUAUAUUGUCCAACCUAACAAGACUUUGACAAGUAGAAUCAUUUUUAAAUAAAAUCAUAAUCGAGAAUCAUAAAGAAAACAUUAUUGA